CGACAAUCCUGCCCUCACUCAUUACUCGCUACCCUCCCAUUGCUCAGAUAGAAACCAGCGAGAAAAGCCCUCUAUAUGCUCAAAUUCCAAAAUCCGAGCUUGUCGCCAUUACUUUAAUGGCGAUUGGCAGAACAAAGAGAAAGCCAGCGUAUCUUCUAUAAAAUUCAAAGGAAGCAGAGGACCCUGACGAAAGAAAGCGCGUUAUAGUAUUGGACCUGAGCUGUUCUCUGAGAUCAGACUCCUUUUCGGUUUCUCCCACGCUACGUCGCUACGGUCUGGUUCAAAAUGCUGGCAACUACAGUCAACAUGAAUUUUCGCUUUCUUCCGACUCUCGCUCGCCGAAAUAAUGUUAUUGCGUGAUUCUGAUCUCUCAGCCCAGCCUUCAAAGAUCUCCAUCUCACUCAUGGAUCUGUAAUGGUUCUGAAGCUCCUUCGAGCAUUCGAGCUUCUCACGGUUGAAGCUCAAUAAGACAGAGACCACUUAAAGUCUAGAAAAAUCGGAACUUUGCCUCUGAAAAUGGGAAAAACAGGGAGAGAUUGGACGCAGAUCUACGCGAUCUACGGCAUGGACGAAUGGCAAACACUAGUUUUCCUCUUAAUCCAUGCGAUCGUCUUCUCCUUUCUCUCUGUGCUGUUCCUAAUCUACUUCAAUCCUGUUUGUUCGGUCUUCCAAUCCAUCUUCCCUGCUCUUCCCGCUGGAGCACCUCGCUUCAUCGCCGGCUUCAUCGGCUCCGUUACGGCUCUCUCCGCCGUCUGUUUAUUUUUUGCCGCCGGCAACAUCUUCUACUCGUCCGUAUCCCUCCACUGGGAUAUGGCCCAGCGUAUGAUCAACGUAGUCAGCGAUUGGUCAACGGUCAAAACAGCCCUAGACGUCGGAUGCGGUCGUGGCAUCCUCCUCAAUGCAGUGGCGCUACAGCUGAAGAAGGAAGGCAGUUCCGGUCGUGUCGUCGGCCUCGAUCGCCGGAAGACGGCGGUGGCGACCCUGCGGACGGCGGGGGUGGAAGGGGUCCAGGAGUACGUGACGUGUAGGGAGGGUGACGCGCGUCGGUUGCCCUUCGCCGAUAAUUACUUCGACGUGGUGGUGUCGGCCGUGUUUUUGCAUACAGUGGGGAAGGAGUUUGGCCAUCGGACGGCUGCGGCAGCGGCAGAAAGGAUGAAAGGUUUAGGGGAGGUGGUGAGGGUGCUGAAGCCCGGUGGGGUGGGAGUGGUCUGGGAUCUGGUGCACGUGCCAGAGUACGUACAGAGGUUGCAGGAGUUGCGCAUGGAGGACAUACGCGUCUCGGAGCGGGUGACGGCUUUCAUGGUAAGCAGCCAUAUCGUAUCGUUUCGGAAACCAAAUCACCACUUAGUGGGCCCGGCGGAGGUGAGGGUUGAUUGGAGGUUUACCAACUUGUGUUAACUUCUUUUUUCCCCCCUCUUAAUACCAGAAAAAAAAAAUGAGCGCAAAAGACGAAAAAUAAUGAAAAUUUGAAUCUGGGGAGGCGAAGUCGAACCAGAUUUGUUUUUCUUCCUUUUUUGAUUUAAGCUACAAGCCUACAAUUAGGGAAAAAAACACAAGGAAUAUAAUGUUGAAUAGAUAUGUGUAUGAUAUAGCAAUUUCGUGUGUAAUGUCCUGUGUUCUGAUAGGAUGAAGUGUCAUAA